GUCGGCUCGCUUUUAUUGUACCCACUUUUAAGGUCCAGCUCGAGGACGUUUAGUCAAAGCCCGGUGUCCCUGGUCAGUGAUUUAUUAACUACGAGUAAACAGUAGCUCGUUAGUUACUAAGCUAGGAGUUUUCAGAAAACUUUUCAGAAACUUUCCAGCUACUUUUAAAAACGUGGUGACGGGGGAGGACGAGAAGAAAAAGUAAAGAGGACCACGCUUACAAACUUUUGACGUCUUCACAUUGUGGCGGUUUCGCACGUGUCCCGCCAGCACCUGCGAGUAUGACGCGGAGGUCGUGUGCCAUUUACACAGUGGGGGUCAUCUGCGCCACCCUGCUCAUCGUGGGCAUCGGUCUUAUGGUGUCUCAGGCUUUCCGCACCCUGAUGCACAACCGUCUCAAAAAGGAGAUUGUUUUGGUGGAGGGCAGCCGCGUGUUUGAGUCAUGGAAGAGGCCACCUCCUCCUGUCUACAUGGAGUUCUUCUUCUUCAAUGUGACCAAUGUGGAUGAAUUCCUUACCGGGGCCAAGCCAGUGGUCAAACAGGUUGGGCCUUACACUUACAGGGAGUACAGGUACAAGGACAACGUGACCAUGGUGGACGAUGGCAAAAUGGUGUCGGCGUACAAUACAAAAAGCUUUGUUUUCCUGAGGGACAAAUCUGUGGGGGACCCAUUGUUUGAUAACAUCACCACCGUCAACAUACCCGCUUGGGCGGUGAUGAACAAGGUGAAAGGGAGCUUCUUUAAGGCCUCGAUGGUGUCCAUCUGGAUGAACUCCAUCGGGAGCGGCCUUUUCACCACUCGCACCGUGGAUGAACUGUUGUGGGGCUAUGAGGACCCCCUGCUGGUCCGCAUUGCUCCGAGCAACCCUGAAGUUGAGACUACCUUUGGCCUGAUGUACAAGAAAAAUGGAAGCAAUGACGGGGAAUUUGUCUUCCACACUGGGGAGCAGAACUACUUGGAUUACGGCCGAGUGGAAACAUGGAAAGGUCAAAGCCAGCUGAACUUCUGGAACACCAACCAAAGCAACAGCAUCAACGGGUCGGAUGGAAGUGCUUUCCAUCCCCUGCUGAAAAAAGAUGAACGCAUUUACAUCUUCACCCCAGACCUUUGCAGGUCUAUCUACAUGGAGUUCGAGAAAGACGUGGAGGUGAAAGGAAUCCCGGCAUACCGCUUCACGCCACCACGCUCUGUCCUGGCUAGCAAAGAGGAGAACCCAGCCAAUGAGGGUUUCUGCGUGAGCCCACAGGAGUGCCUGGGAACAGGCCUCCUGAAAGUCAGUCCAUGUCGGAAAGGUGCCCCGGUUGUGGCCUCCUUUCCUCAUUUCUACCUGGCAGACUCCAAAUAUGUGGCAGCCAUUGCGGGAAUGUCCCCUGAGAGAACUCACCACCAAACGUACCUCGACCUUAACCCGACCACCGGCAUAAUCGUACGUGCAAACAAGAGAGCACAGAUCAACAUCUUGUUGAAUCGAGUCCCAGGCUUUCCCAAAACCAGAGGUCUGAAUGAAACAAUCUUCCCUGUCAUGUUCCUGAAUGAGAGUGUGGUCAUGGAUGACGCAUCUGCAGCGAGAGUCCACAAGCUGCUGACGAUCGUCACGCUCGUGUCCAACUUCCCUCUCAUUUUUGUCGCGCUGGGAGGCAUCAUGCUGCUCAUCUUGAUCAUCCUACUUGUGCGAGCCCGCAAGCAGAAGAGCCAAGCUAAACGCAUUGCGUUUUCCAAGCCUAUCUAUGCUGCCAGCGCUGACGAAAACACAUCUUACUCUCCAGUGAGCGAAAAGGAAAAAGAAGAUCCUCAGAAUGGAACUUACAUUGGUUUGAUGCCCAAAGUGGACGCACAAGCUUGAUGCGGGAACUGACACGAAGGACGGCUUCGUAACAUCAUCAUUUUUAAGAAGAAGAAAACACCACCAGCCAAUUAAUAUACGAUAUUGCCACUCAAGCCACCAGUCAUGAAUUAUUACAAAAAACAUUGGUUGUGUUAAUGAGACUGGUAACUAGAAUUAUAGUGUUGUACAAUUAUUAUAGCGUUUCCAGCAGGGGUGUCCAAAGUACGGCCCGCGGAUGUGAUUUUAUCGGCCCGCCGCACAGUCUAAAAAUGUAAUUUAACAAGGAAACAUUAAAAAAAAAAAAAAAAAACAACAACAGCAGCAAAAAUGGGAAAAUCAAUCAAAAGUCAAAAUUAAGAGAAGAGUUGUAAUCUAGCAAGGAAAAAAAGUCAUAAUUUCUCAAGAAUAAAGUAAUAGUAUGAGAAAGAUGUCAUUGUAGUAGCAUGAUGUGAAAUAUAUAUAUAUAUAUAUAUAUAUAUAUAUAUAUAUUACCAGCAUAAAGUCAAAAUAUUAAAAGGAAAAAAUGGAUUUCUAAUUUGAAACAAGUUGCAAUUUCAUGAGAAUAAACUUAAACUUAAACUUAACUUAACUUAAAAUAUCAUUUUAGUAACAAUGUUGAAAUAAAGAAAAAAUACAUUCUUUUUUUGAAAAGAUAUAAAGUUAUAAUUACGAGAAGAAAAUUUACAAGAGGAAAGCUGAAAGAAAAUAGUUGGAAAAUUAAAAAAAAAAAAUCAGCAGAAAUGGAAAAAACAGCUGUAAUUUUACGGGAAUAAAGUCAAAAUAUUAGUCGUAUUCGAAUGAAGAGCAGAAAUGCCAAUUUUUACAAGAAUAAACUUGUAUUAUUAUCGAAAAAAAACGUCAUCUUUAGUAGCAUUUCACCUAUAUUAAAGAUAUGUUACCAAGGUGAAAGGCAGUUUUUUCUUGAGCUACAUAUAGCUUCUUAGCAUAUCUCAAUGUGUUUUUACAAAAUAUCAAAGCGGCCCUUGCAUCCUUCCCUUUUUCAGUAUGUGGCCCUCGCUGGAAAAAGUUGGACACCCCUGCUUUAGAGGUUCCAAACAAAACAAACACCAUUAGACUCUAAUGGCUGAAAGGCUCUUCAGUAUAUUAAUUAUAUUGGGUAUGGAAGGUGUCAAAGAAGUGGCCCUGUUUUUUUCCUGUCAGGCGUUAGCCACUGAUUUCUGUGCUCUUUUUUUUUUUUUUUUUUCUUUAAUACUCAGUAUUAAAAUGCAA